AGAAACACACUCGCACCCAUUCUUGCACAGUUGUUUCUACAUAUCGGCGGCUUCACUUCCACUUUAUAAGACCCGCUGGUAAGCUGUGGACCUCGCUACUGGCUUCGUCUUAUCUCCUUUUCGAAAUCGCCAAACUGGAUCAACUGCGUAUUAAAAGAAAAAAAACCUCCUUGCAACUCUCUUCUUUGCUGUAUCGCUGGCUUACGGCUCCCUCCUGACCCAUGAGCUUUCACACCGCAGCCGCAGCCAACUCCGUGCCACGAGGGGAUGCACUCGAGCAAAGUGCGCUGUGGCACUUGGCUUUCUUCCAGCCGCUUGCAGCCCACUCCCGCGCCAUUCCAACGCUGAUGGCGGCGUCUGCGCAAGACGGCGUGGCUGCCGCGGUAGCCUACAGCGCUUCUCUGUUGGAGGCGGUUGGGUACACGAAAGCCGGAGGUGAGGUGCAGCCCUUUCUUCAGGCGUGCACCUUUAAUGUUGGCGUUGCGGCAUGCGCGGUUGGUGCAUCGGAGCACCCGCUCCGCUGGCUAGACGUCUUGUCCGCACGUGUGCGCCGCCACGCUGCGCAGCUCGUUUCAUCCCCACCCGAAGUGUCAAGUACGCUAACAACAGUGCUGCAAGAGACGCAGCAGCAGUACGAAACCGAAAAGUCCAGAGCGAGAAGCUCCGCGGUGCUCUCGCCAUGCGACGGCCUUUUCGUAGCCCUAACAGAUGAUUACCUGACGCAUACCUCCGCCGGACGACGUGCAGGUGUGCACUACGGGAGCCAUGCCUCUCUUUUUCAACUAGCACUACCCGCUCCCCCCUCUUCGUCGUCGUCGUCCUCUGCUGCUGGCACGGCGGAGCACCCUGCGGCGGUGCGGCAGCAACGGCAGUGGUGCGAGGCCCGUCUGUACGCUGCCCUCGCGUGUGCAGCGAGCAUCACGGCGCCUGGUCCAUUGGCGCGUCUGCUCGUUGCCUACGCGAACGCCCAUGACGGCCGGCUGCAGACUGUGGCGGACGACAACCUUUUCACCCAUUUGAGAGCUGUACACAGCGAUCAUGCAACGUUGUCUGUAGCGCUGCGAGACGCUACCGAGGAGGCCGGAGCUAAACGGCAGCACAAGCGGCAGGAGACGUCCGCGUUGGCGGAAGCGGCGGCGCAGGUGCGGGUGCGGCUGAGCGGCGUCGUGGCGGGUGUGUUGGAGUACGCUCUGCACGUGGCGCACACUCGCUCCGCUGCCACCGUCGCCGCACUCAAUGCUGUAGCGCACCCCGCACCUUCCACUGCCACACCACCCCUCGUGCAUCCCUUUUCUUCCGAGGAGUUGACGAACUUCUCAAGCGUCUCGCAGAGUGCUGUGCUGCUGCUUGUCCAGCUUACCGAGGAGGGUGGUCACUACACGCAGACAGCUUCGACUGCUGGGUCAGGCGCAAGGGACGCUGCGUCAGAGAGCACCGCGACAAGCGCGGCAAUGGAAAUUGUGCACGCUAUCCAAGAACUUCUUUUCACCGUUGUGCUGGGUGGCGGCACGCAGGCCAUGCAGAACAGACCAGAGCCCAUCACUUCGAAGAAACCGAUCUCCGCUGCGGCGACGGUUGCCUCUGCUGUGAGUGGCUCCACCAAUGCAACGGCAGCAGCAGCAGCGACACCUCUGUUAGUCACUACCACCCGUGGUGUCUCUUUGCCAGAGGCGGACACCAUUGUACAGGAGCUAUUUCCGGCGCUGGUGCAGCAGCUCGGUAUGGAGUGGCUGUGGUCACCUCUCUUACGGCAUUUAUCAAUGCUGGACAAACAGCAGCAGCAACAGCAGACUGCAAAGGCAGCUUCCAACAAUGGGGGUGGAAGGGAGGGCGCAACACCUUCGCAUCUCGCCCAGCUCCCCGUGCGCUGGAGCAGUCAUGCGUUGAUGGACGCGGUACUGCUUUCUGUGGCGCAGAAGACGUACCCGCAGCGUCUGCUGAACAUCUUACCGGGCAGCUACGAGCGACUGCUACGAAAUCUCAACUUGUUGCCACCAAUGCCGCUGCAGGGCGUCGACAGCGCAGCAGAAACCUCGACUGGCCGCGCACCUCAGGCGGCUCUCUUCGACAUGCCUGCCUACUACGCGGGGCCGGCGACCGCCCUUGCCUCCUACUUCCAACGAGCCGGUGUGUCGGGGCUUCGUCUGGACGAAGUGAGUCGUAUUCUGAUGACAGCGACGAGCAGUUACGCGAUGCUAGUGCGGCUGAAGGCGCAGGCGCCACCGCUCACGGAAGCAGGGGAGGAAGACGAUGAAAGGAUGAGGGAAGAGGAGGACAUCAACGGCAUUGAUAGCGCUGUUGAUGGAGGAGAAACGAAGAAGCCGGGCAAGAACAGCACGGCAGCUUUACCGCACACCUACGCACUGUCGCGUGAGCGUGUGAGCCACUUGAUGGCACGCUACGAGGGUGAAGUGCUUCUCGCCGCCGUGGUGGUCUACACCCAGCUGCGCAUCCCCAGUCAGGUGCAGCAGCUCAUGCGCACCCUGGCUCCCUUAUUUCUCAAGAUUCACCUUGACUGGCGUACCCACCACGACGGCAGCAUCGAUUCUUGGUUUUUGCAGCACAGCAGCGACGCCGCUACGGGCACGCGUAGUGUCCGCUUCAGCAACGAGGCCGUCGUGCUGCUCGACAAGGUUGGGUACGAGUUCUACCCACUGGAGUGGCUGCCGGCAAUCGCCGCGAGUGUGUGCGCGGCGUCGACCACAACCACUGGCCUCAGUAGCCCCUCUCCUCCCCUCCCGUAUUCUCUGUGUGCCGCAGUGAGCCAUCAGUUCCGUCUGCAGCUCCGCGGCACCCCCCUCGGUAGCAGCGGUGACGUCACCCUGCGGCAUCCCGCUGGGCCUCGCACGUCUGUUGUGAUGCCCUCUGCUGACACACUCGUUCUUUUUCCGGUCCAGGAAAAAGGCAGCGGCGGCGAGGCCGAGACCACGGCCGCGGCGUGGCGUAGAGCCGAGCGUUUCUUGUGUGGCUUCAUGCAGGCGUGCUACCUGGAUCCGAAGACAUCCUCGACGGAGUUGGAGGGCACCUUGGCGGUUUCGUCCACCCGUCGGGUGCUGACCACGCGUGAAGGACCCUCACAGGGCGGCUAUGGCGGAAGUGCCGUGGUGGGCGGGACGUUGCUCGUCACAUCGGCUGACAUCGCCUCGCAGCGGCUGCGCUCGCUCCUUCAGCAGCACGAGGUGCUCAAUGCGAUGUGGGGCUCGAUGGAGACCCGCGGGAAGACGGCUGCGUUGCGGAGUGGAGAUCGUGCCGGACAGCAGCAGCAGCAGCAGCAGCAGGAACAGCCGCAACGUGGGCGAAAGCGUUCACGCGAAGUUGCACCUCAAGAGCCGGAGCAUGCAGGAGGACCGCAACAGCUUCGCGCGAUGCGUCAGCUGCUUCUGGACUACGGUGCGUCCUCGUUUGAGACGACGGUGGAAGCCGUUGACUUCGCGCUCACGGUGGCGCAGGGCUUCCUGCCCAGCACCGCUGGUAUGUCCGCUGUCGCCACCAAACGGGCGAAGAAGAGCGAUGCGCUGCUCCACAGUGCGCUGGAGUGGAGCCGCGCCGUGGUCGGCUCGUCAGCCAACAGAGCGAGGAUUAACAUACUUUUGCAGCAACAGCAAGACUCAGCCGACGCCGUCUCCGGAGGUGCAAUAGCGUCGUUUUUGCCGCUGGGGAAUGCGUACAACAGUGCAACGCUCGACAUGGCGUGGCUGGCGCGAAGGACGCUGCGACACGUUCCAGGCCGCAUUUGGGAGAAGAUCGCGCUGCAACGAACUCAAGCCUAUGCCCUCGCACAGCGAGAGGCGAAGUGGGUGUCGCGACUGCCCGGCUCUUCCGUCACCGCUGCUUCUGGCGAUGAGGAGGAGAGAGUCUUGGAGAAGUAUCGGGUCGAUCCACUGCUCCUGGAACAGUGGACGCAGUGGGUACGGGUGUGGCAGCAGCUGGGACUAGCUGAUAUGAUGGGCGGUGGCGACAGCUUUGAGGCCCCGCUUUCAUCUUCUGUGGUGCCCAAGUCGGCAGAGGGGAUGAGCUACGCUCAGUGGCUGUGGUACUCUCCUUACUUUUUAUCGGAGUGGCUGAAGAAUUAG